AUGUUCACGGCAACUGGUAGGUCCGCCGUGCGACUUCUCCUUCUCUUGCUUGUCGCGCCUGCCACGGGCACCUUUCUGCAGUGGUCGCUCUGCGAUGACAGUUGUGGCAGUGGCACCAUCCCCUACGGGCUGAACGCGCGGCUCGUGAGAACCCCCGGGAAUGCGAAUGCGGCGACCUCGCGGCUGGUAGUCAACCUGGCCCGACACCAGAGCGGGGUCACCUGCCGCAACACACCAGGCACUGCCGCCUUUGACAAUGAUGCAUGGCCCGAGGCGAUGGUGCAGCUUGACUGGAACGGACUGCGCAGACCUGAGAGCUUCUCGGGCAAGACCAAAGCCCGACUCGACUGCGAGGACUUCAUCGGCGACAACCGACCUGCCUAUCUGCCCGUCAAUUCAAGCCGCGUGAGCAUGACACUCCUGGACGAUGACAUUGGCGUGCUGCCCGCGUUGUCAACCCUCCGCUUUCAAGCCUACCUCAACUCGCCUAUCUUCGCCGAAGCACACUGCAUCGCCUCCCUCAUGACGCCUGCUAUCCCUCUGGCUCUCUCGUCUGGCCUGCGCUAUGGAUCCCUGGCUGUCUUCCUCUUUGUCUUCCUCGUUUCGGGCCUGCGAACCAUAGCCGCGGCGUCGGGGUCGCAACAUCAAAACGAGGACCAAGACUCAGAUGGUGGCGCCACUGCCUCGGCACCCGUCCUCCCUUGCGUUUCCGAUUGCCUCCACUUCCUCCAGUUCGUCUUCCUAACUGGCGGCCUCAGCCUCUUCUAUCCAGGCUUCUACCCUGCCGCGGUAGGCCACCUUAACUGGUUCGCUCUCUUCGCCGACCUGGCGCUCCCCAUCAAGAGUUUCGUGCCUGGACCGACAGCCGCGCUCGUGAGGAUGGCAUCCACGUACCCCGGCAUCAACGACGGCCUGUACGAGGUCAAUGGCACCUAUGGCGGCUACCUUGGACUUGAGGUCAUGACACAGAUGGUCGGCGCGCCCAUGACGUGCGACACGUGGUUGCUCAUGGUGCUCUUCACCGCUUGCAUAGCUGCAGCGCUGGGCUUGUUCCUCUGGCUGCUCGAGACGGUGAGGCCGCGGAACGUCUUGGGGUUGCCAUUGUUGGGUCCCGGUGCUGGGACCGGGAGAUGGGCCCUCGUGACGCGUAUCGGGAACGGCGUCCUGAGACUCGUGCUCUCGUACAUCACCCUGCCGCUCAUCGCCAUGUCGACCUAUCAGCUUAACUUUUCUGGGAGUCUUGGUGCAGGUCACAUGUCGCUUGCCAUUGUCGUCCUCCUCCUCAUCACGCUGGCCUUUGCCUGGCUCGCGGUAUGCCUGCCUAUGGCGAGCCUCGGCGCACUUGUCUUCGAGGCUAAGCACUCAUACCAGCGCGUUGGAGGACUUGAAGCAGAGCGCGACGAGGACUUCGAGGAAGAGAGACAAGCCCGGCGCGAUCACCGGUUUGUCAUGGCUCUAUUCGUGCUUAACAUGACCAGGGGCCUCACCAUUGGCGGGCUGCAGAAGUGGGGUGUGGUGCAGUUGGCGGUCCUGGUGGCGUGCGAGGUUGUCAUGUUGCUGGCCAUCUGGACCUGCAGACCGUUUCCACUGCUCUCAGGUGGUUUCGCGGCUACACUGCUGAGACUGGCUAUCUUGGCGUGCUUUGUGCCUUUUACCUUCCCCCCGUCCAAGAUGUUUAACUUGAAGACCGUCUCCGCGUAUGUUGCGUUGUCUCUGUACGUCGUGGGGUUGAUUGGAGUCUUCUUUGUCCCUUCAGGCAGGCAUCUGUACCGCCUUGCUCUUCAGGGAUUUAGCCGAUUUCGAGGUCGUGACGUUGGAAAGGACGUUCCCGUUGUUAGCCUCCGUCAGUUGCAGCGUCGUGAAGCACCUGGGCUUCGGCAGGCCGACGACCUCGGGGCUACAGUCCACCCGCCGCUGCCUGUUGAUGGAAACUUUACCUAUUUAAGCGACCAUGGGUCCAUUGGCAGCGGACAGGAUCGUCCCCAAGACGUAUCGCUACCUCACAGGCCCAUCCUGUCCCACGGCCCCCUCACCCCCUUCUACAGGCUCCCGAGAUCAUCAGUUCCCGCCGUACCCGGCGAGGCGUCCCGCGUCUUCGACAACGGCUCCAGGAGAUCGUCUCCCUCAUCUCCUCUCACACCGUAUCCCGCAGAGGGCCCCCCUCUUAACCCGGCAAAACCUGUGGACUUCUCACCAACCCACUCCUCGUCCAGUAUGGACAUGCAACGCUCGGUAGGCUGGGCCGCAAGUGGGUCCUCGAGCUCGGUGUCUGUGGCGAGCGAGGCCGAUACCCCCAGACCCCUUGGUCCGAGAUGGGACGACUACUCCUUCCGGGAGGCGGAUUUGUUCUACGCUCGUCCGCCACCUCCACAGGUAGAGGCUGCCAGGCAGCCACUGCCUGCUUCUGAAUCGUCCUCCAAGGCACGGCAAAAAUGGCUAUUGAACUGGAGUCUAUUGAGAGGGUGGGACUUGAGUGGACGGAAGCUGACGCUAUCGGGGGAGAAGGGAUUCUCGGUCGUAAGGCCGAGCCGAGUUCCGCAUCCUGUGCUGCCACCUGCAACGAGAGCCGCCAAAUUGGAACUCGGAGAAGACAAAUCUUCGUAG